GUACUGAUUGAUGAGAAGAUCAGUCCAGUAGUCGAUAGCUUCGGAGCUAUUGGAAGCUCCGAUAGCGAUGUAAGUAUCUUGUCCCAUACAUUCGAAGUUACUAUCAAGGCAGUUCAAGAGUGUAUUGCUGUUCUUUCGGUACUCUACUUCCAGCAGACUUCUGCAGUAACAUACUGCAACACAGUCAACAUUCAAGCUGUUUAUAAAUGCUACCAAACGUACAUGGCCGGCUUCAACGUAAAAAUGACUGAUACCAUUCCUGAAUACUGGGUUUUCCGUAACGCACGAUCUGCAUUAUUCCAGAAAAAUGGGAAAAACGAAGAAAAUCAAAAUUGCCAAUUCACCAAUACUCUCUUGAACUGCCUUGAUAAUGACUUUGAAUGUAUGGGACAAGAAACUUUCAUUACUUUGGGAGCUUCCAAUAGCACCGAAGCUGUUGACUACUGGGCUGAUCUUCUCGUUAAUCAGUACCAAUGUACGCCACAAGGGUUGAAGCUAAAACUGGACAACUUCUCUUGUUAUGAGAACUGCCGCAAAGAUCAUUCAUCUGAAAUUGAUAAAUGUCAUUCGGACCUCUUCGACAAUAUGAAUGGUGAAAUGGAUGUGUGCUUGUAA